UCUCUAUGGAGACGGGGAUAAACAGAUGAUAACAAAUUCUCAGCAGCCUUUAAAGCUCAUUUGAGUGUUGAGGGUUGGCGUUUGAGGUGAGGCAAGGAGAGGCAGUGCAGGACAGCGAGAGAGGCAGAAGGGACUUGACAUUAGCAAGAGAUAUUCUUCAAGAUGGCGGAGAGCACAGAUCUGGAGCAGCUGAUGAACUCCUUUAAGAAGUUCGCGAUCCACGGAGACACCAAGGCUACCGGGAAGGAGAUGAACGGGAAGAACUGGGCUAAACUGUGUAAGGACUGCAAGAUCAUCGACGGGAAGAAUGUCACCGGCACUGACGUGGAUAUCGUCUUCACGAAAGUCAAAACAGUGUUGUGGAACCGUUGCAGAGCGAAGACGUCCCGGGUGAUCACCUACGAGGAAUUCCAGAGAGCCCUGGAGGAGCUGGCCCCUAAGAGGUUUAAAGGUCAGAGCAAAGAGGAGGCCCUAACGUCUGUCUACAAGCUGAUAGAGGGCAAGGAGCCCACCAACAUAGGAGUCACGAAAAUGGCGAAGACAGCCGCAGUGGACAGACUGACGGACACCACCAAGUACACAGGCUCCCACAAAGAACGCUUUGACGAGAGCGGGAAGGGGAGGGGUAAGGGUGGGCGGGAGGAGCUGGUGGAGGAAACAGGAUACGUCGGCUCCUACAAGAACGCCGGAACCUACGAGGAGAAAACCAAGGCUAAGUAGACCACCGGGCCAGGCGGUGUGGUCAACAGGUCCAGUAGACCACCGGGCCAGGCGGUGUGGUCAACAGGUCCAGUAGACCACCGGGCCAGGCGGUGUGGUCAACAGGUCCAGUAGACCACCGGGCCAGGCGGUGUGGUCAACAGGUCCAGUAGACCACCGGGCCAGGCGGUGUGGUCAACAGGUCCAGUAGACCACCGGGCCAGGCGGGGUGGUCAACAGGCCCAGUAGACCACCGGGCCAGGCGGGGUGGUCAACAGG